AUGGGCGAACUUGCACUUCAAGUUUUCCAUGGCACGAAACAAGUCAUCUUAACGCGGAGGUUGCGAUUGACGCCUCGGAUCCUCUUUCCCCCACUCGCAGUAGCUCAAUUUGUUGAUCACCUCGAACUAGGCCUCAUCUUUGACUAUUGGAACGAUGCCUACCACCCUCCUCCCAUCUCCAGUAUGUCACUCAAAGAGCUCAUUAACCAUACCAAAGGUAGUAAACAUGUUAUUGUUUUCGGAUUCGAACACUUUAACGAGACCUUCCCUCAACCGGCAACGACAGAGAUCCUCAAUGCUAUAGGAGGCAAACAUUAUGCUACAGGCGAAGAAGGGGCAAUUCAAGUGAAAAGAGUUGGUCGCGACUGCGAGGCUUCAGAUACGGUCAAGUAUCUGAUAAAUAGUGGUGGUGGUAAACUCCAGAGGGGUGGGAACUUGAAGUUGAACACAUCGAAUAUCACCCAAAGUCAACCAAUGCACUUAAUAAUCCAGUAUGCUUUUCAAUCUCAGCCAUACCAACCGUCCAGCGAAAACGCACGGUCUCGAUCAGCUAGCUCGUUAGCAGGCUUUGGAGCAUUUCCCGGUACCAACAUGACAACCUUGGCAAAGCAGACCACAGCACUCAGCUAUCUCCAGGAUGAUUACCUCCAAUUUUCCACACACUCAUGCUGUAGCACUAGAAUCUCUCAACUCGGCUCGAAAUUCAAAAGCUAUCCGCAAUUCGUCGGCCUCUUAGCCUGGACCGCACAGGCAUUUGAGGUACGGCCACGUCUAUGGCUCAAUGUGUUGAAAUCCAAACGCAUGACAUACUGGCUGUGCCUGGAUGUGGCUGAGAAGAUCUCCUUCGUGAAACUCAUCGACUUUGUUGCACCAAUAAGCCUUGCUAGACGACAGGGAUUAGAAGGAGUGUUGGAAUUUUCUGCGACACUCGGCAUACCCAACACGGGUUUAGUGAACGGCUGUCGGGGGCAAGCGAAGCCUCUCAAGCCUAUUAUCAACUCUGGCUACGAAUCAUCAACUUUCUGA